AUGGCUGAAGACGACGUUCCUGCCGCGGAUAACGAUUCUGUCGGAUCCGAAUCCUUUGAACCCCUCGAACCAACACUACAAAAUGUAAUCGAUCAGACUUCACUGCAUUGGAUCUUUGUUGGUGGAAAGGGUGGUGUUGGUAAAACCACAACAUCGUGUUCACUUGCCGUACAAUUGGCCAAAUCACGAGAGUCAGUGUUACUCAUUUCGACUGACCCUGCCCACAAUUUGAGUGAUGCUUUCGGGCAGAAAUUCAGUAAAGAAGCUACUCUAGUAAAUGGAUUUACUAAUCUUUCUGCUAUGGAAAUCGACCCAACCUCGUCUAUUCAGGAAAUGCUUGCUCAAUCUGAUCAGUCUGGUGCUAUGGGAUCAAUGAUGCAAGAUCUUGCGUUUGCGAUCCCAGGUGUAGAUGAAGCCAUGGGAUUUGCUGAAGUCAUGAAACAAGUACAAACUAUGGAAUACUCUGUGAUUAUAUUCGAUACGGCUCCAACUGGCCAUACGUUACGGUUCUUGAGUUUUCCAAAUGUUUUAGAAAAGGCUUUGGAUAAGUUGUCAACUUUGAGCGGACGAUUUGGUCCCAUGUUCCAGCAAGUUUCUGGGAUGAUGGGAUUGAAUGCCAAUCAAGAAGAUCUUACUGUAAAACUUCAAGGCAUGCGAGCGAUCAUCACAGAAGUUAACAAGCAAUUCAAGGAUCCGGACAAGACUACAUUUAUUUGUGUUUGCAUAUCCGAGUUUUUGUCUCUCUACGAAACGGAGCGCAUGAUUCAAGAGUUGACUACUUACGAGAUCGAUACACACAAUAUCGUAGUGAACCAAUUGCUCUUUCCACGAAAAGGCUCCAACUGCGAACACUGUUUAGUUCGACAUAAAAUGCAACAGAAAUAUCUAGAGCAAAUCUACGAGCUCUAUGACGACUUCCAUAUUGUAUUAAUGCCAUUGCUUACGAAAGAAAUACGAGGCACACGGGAUAUUAACGAAUUUUCCGAGAUGCUUGUUAAGCCAUUUGUGCCGCCUGUUUAUCGAGAGGAAGAUGAAAAACAAUCGGAGAACUCUUAA